AAUAUCAAGUUACAUAAGUAUUAAUUAUUACUUGGUGCGAAACCUUAUUUCCCUUUUUAAAAGGAAUACAAAUACCCUCGUUAUCAGCUCUUUGAUGUACACGAACUUUCUUAUCUUCUAAGAUAACUUUCAGCUCAAUUUUGACCAUUCGUAGCUGCAUAUUAUAUUUAGAUCGCUACAUCUCAUUGACACACAAUCCUUUAGUUGUCUUUAGGCAAGGAAGGUAUCGGAGAAACGUUUGCACGAACGUUUUUUGAGGUGCUUCUUCACUUAAGACGUUUUUGCUUUCUUGGCAAGAAAGGGUUUCUCGACAUUUUUUACCGUAAUCCUGCCUAGCGCUUAAGAAAAUAUAAGCAAAGAAUGAAAAGUGUUUUUUUUUUUUAAAAUCGGUGAUUCAUGACAGUUUUUAUGCUAAUCCACUGCACUUUUUAAAUCUAUUAAUUCGCUGUGGAGGGCUGGUUCAUGGGGGAAAAAAAAAAAAAAAAAAAUGUCCGCCCGGUUUUUUUAUAUCUUUGUCUAGCCAAUUACAAAUACAUUUGCUGUUUAUCCCAGCGGGAAACUUCAUUAGCGCUGCUAACAAAGCUUUCGUAAAACUCAGUUCAGUAGAUGUUUAGCAUAAACAACAUGUAGUGGAUAAAAGGUGAUCUCUAAAGACCGCAAAUUAUCGCCAAUUUGGGAAUGUUCCUUAGAAACGAAUAGCCAGUAGCUAGCAAAAUAUUUGUCAGCGAUCUCGAUCGGAAAGAUUUGUAAUAAAAGCGUGUUUACCUUGAUGAUACGAUCACAAAACCACAGUAAGCUCAGAGAAAUAAUUAAAAAAAAUUUGCAGUGAAACGAAAGCGCUUUUAGCUGUAGUGCUUGGAAGUGAUGUUUUUGCUGGAUAAAUCUGGGACAACUUUAGAAGAUCGGAAGGAAGUGUCACAGGCGGCCCAGGAGGCGAAACUAGAUAGAGAACUGCGCCGUUUUGAAGAUGAGUUGGAAUUGUUUUUAAUUGAUAAAGAUCACUUUUUGGAAGAUCUCUACCGCCGAUUAAAACAAAUUGCUUCUCUCUGGAAAUCAUGGAGAUGUCAGAGAUUGCGUGAUAUUUCUGUAACGCAACUCGUGUCCGCAAAACAGAUUGAAGAUCUUAUUCACUGGGAACAAAACCUCCCUGGGAAGAAGAAGACUAUAACAAAAAUAGAAAAACCAACAGAUAUGCUGAUCAGAUUCCUUCAAGCUUGUCUCGAAUCCAGACAGCUUUACGAACAAUUCCUCCUCUCAAUUUACAAACCUCUUCACCUGUUCUUUAGUGAUGACAAAGCUGCCCCUUUUUCCGAGGCAUUGGGUCGAGUUCUCGAGAAGUGGAGUUACCUACUCGAACCAGGCCCCAUAGAUCACAGACUACUGAGUGCAGAGAGUUCCGAAGCAGUCCACAACAUGAACUUGUCAAAGAAACCACGUGACACAAAUUUCAACCUUAUUCUGCGGCUAGUGCCGGACUUCGCCGUAAAAGGCUUCGAAGCUCUUUACCUUGCGCGACAGUGGAGAGCUCUUUUAGGUUACUCGGGUUACAGUAGAGAAUUGAAAUUCAUUCAAAUCCGGAGACAGCGUCGAUCAAGAGAGCACAUCAGUAGUGAGCCCGCAAAUAUUCCCGUUCCUUUCAGCAUAUUUCAUAAUUUGGAAAGAAAACUUAACCAAUCGAAAGAUCGAUACAAAACAGUGGACCCAAGAAAUCACGUUACAAAAGCUGUACUCCACCACGAAACUCACACCAACACGAAUUAUGGCGUGCAAGGAACAUUUGCAAGAUCCACCAAUGACGACACGAAAUUCACUUCAUUUACUCGCGAGUCUAACGAACAGCGAAUCCACCGUUUGCAGACAGAUCUGAAACGUGAACAACUACAAGUGCAGAGGCUUAGAAACGAACUUCUUCACGUUGAAAUUGCGUCGCGCUACAUGAGGGAACCGCCAAUGCUAAGACCACUGUUUGACACUCUGGCUUCUACCAAGGGAAAGUGCCGCAUGUUAAGAAAUGAGAUUUCAAAACAGGCUUGCCAGCCCGAUUGUGCUUUUGACAAAAUCCCUGACUCCAGAGGUUUGAUCCAAUCUAGUAAGGACUCUUUCACGUCAGAAAGGAAAAGGUUAGCCUCCAGGGCUCUUUUGACCUCUUGGCAUCGCGCGCAAACCACUUAGAAACAACUUGUGAUCUGAAAAUACGUUUAAAAAAACACACACACAAGUGGGAAACAGAGAACCUAAAGGCGUUUGCAGGAAGAAGUCUAUUCUCCUCACUCAAUUUAUCACAAUUUAUCAAAUGUAUUUGAGGGGUGUGAAGUGUGAGAGGGCAAUACUACUCUAAUCUCUUGUGCAGAAGCAAGUGAGUCAGGAGUAUUCAGUAUAUUAAAAGCUUUUUGAUCAGAAUGUAUAUUUGCCUCCGACCCUAAAUGUUUGAUACUAGCAUAUCGACCACUCCAUCUCGUCAGCUGAGAAAACACUACAACAUUUAGUUAAAAACAAAUUUUUAAAUUUGUUUUCGAUAAAAAUCUGAUGAAAGAUUUCGAUUUUUGGAUCUAUAUAGGAUAGAGUUAAUUACAUGAGGCUCCAGUACUUGGAAUUCAUCAUACACCGACUCUAGAUCUGUGUUGGAUAGUUAGUUAUGGACGCAAUUACGAAAACUUCAUUUUUUCCAAGUCACUUUAAAACUGGCAGCCCCUGAUCUUAGUUUUAGUUUGAUCGUUGAUCCAUGAUAAAUAGAUCAUGCCAACUGAUCGUGCGAAGAGCUUUCCCAUUGAAAACAGACCCAAGCCUCCGUCUCAUUAUUCACAAAGUAUGAUUUAGGAGUAAAUUGACUCGGGCGUCAAGCUUUUCUUUGAUUUACAAUGUGUCCGCCUUUGUAAAUGAGCGGAUUUGGGUGCUAAGUCUGUUGAUCUGACCGGGUAAUUAGCAAAGGACUCCCUACUGGUUAAAGAAAUCUAAAAGAUGAGUUCCGGCGAGGCGAGGCACAGUUGCUGACGAUCCCGUAUACAAAUCAAGUGGAAAAAUAAACGCUUUUCCAGACAAGCAGAAAAAUGGGUGUGUUUAUAUUUUAUUGAUUUGCAAGUUUAUUAGCUGUAUU